UAUUUUGGUAAAUAUACUCUUUAGAAUCAAACAAAAAAUAGUAAACAAAGACAAAAACGCAUACAAAUUUUCCAGGAAUUCCGACCGAGAAAAAAAGCCAGACAACUUGGCCUUGCUUUUUUUUUUCUCGCCUGCCAAACAAGCUUUCCUUUUCUCUGCUGUUAGGCUUGAGCUCAAAAUUCUCUAUUAUCUCUCUUCGAUUCUGAGGAGACAAACACCAAUUUGCUUACUUUAUUAUACAAUAAACUAAGGGUAAAGCUUCUUCCGAGAGAGAGAGAGAUGGUGGUGAGAAAGGUUGGGAAGUACGAAGUGGACGAUCGGCGAAGGUAACUUCGCGAAGGUGAAGUUUGCUCAGUGCACAGAGAGUGGUGAGAGUGUCACCAUGAAAGUCCUCGAUCGAAGCACCAUCCUCAAGCACAAGAUGGUUGAUCAGCAUCCAACCGUUGAAGAAAAGAUCAUAGAAGAGCUUAAAUUGGUUAUACCUGAAGGAGAAACUGAGAAAUCGCAGCUUUUUGAGGAAAAAGAGCUAAGUAAGUUGGUUUAUUUGCAUGCUGCAUUGUGUGAGUCAUUGAGGCUUUACCCACCAGUUCCAAUCCAACACAAGGAGCCCACUCAAGUGGACACAUUGCCCAGGGGGCACCGUGUGCACCCGAAAAUGAAAAUACUUUUCUCUUUGUAUGCAAUGGUGAGGAUGGAAUUUGUGUGGGGAGAGGAUUGCUUGGAGUUCAAGCCAGAGCGAUGGCUAUCUGACUCAUGAACAAUCAAACAUGAGCCAUCUUACAGGUUCUUCACGUUCAAUGCAGGACCGAGGACUUGUUUGGGGAAAGAAGUUGCUUUCACUCAAAUGAAGGCGGUUUCGGCUGCAAUAAUCCAUAACUACAAUGUUAGAGUUGUGAAAGGUCACCCUGUGGUUCCUAAUGCUUCUAUCAUUCUCUACAUGAAGCAUGGAUUGAAGGUUAGAGUUGCCAAUAGAUGGAUUUGAGAGGAGUACUUGGUUUGAUGAUGUUUUGAAGUGAUUUUUAGUUGGGUUGUGUGUUUGAGUUGAUGAUCUAUGUAUUUGAGUUUUGGUAUAAGUCUAUUAUGUAAUAAGGAAGUGUGUGUGUGUUAGAUUUGUUGUUUUUCACACUUCUCUGUCUCGUUUCUUAGUAGGGUUGUAAGUGGUUGGUUGGAUUUAGGGAUGGCAAUGGAGGACAAUGGGGUGGAUAUUAAUUCUCCAUCCCCAUUCCCCUAUAAUAA